GAAAUACAGUCGUGCAGCUUCAGCGCAACGACAAAAUACACUACUCUACAUAUGAUAAAUACCACUAAUAAAUAGUUCAAGAUGUCGCUGGCCACGGUUACACCUUCCAAGGACUUGCCUUGACGCGUUUCAGUGACCGUAUGCCUUCCAGUUCCGAUCUGUGCCCAGCACGGCUGACACUCGCACCCUCAUUAGAUUCAUCCAGAUGAUGUUGUGGUAAUUUCAAAGACAACGUCCUGCGUCUGCUCUCCACCACGGGUGUGCUAUCAUGCAUCAUCAUCUUUUCGUUCGACUCGGUGUGGCCGAAGAACAGGGGGUUGAAAGAGAACCCAACGUAUGGGCCCGUAUCGAGUUUUCGGAUAGGCGACAAGGGGGAGAGAGGCUUGGAGGAUACUGCAUGAGGAGGGACCUUCAAGGCCAACGAACUCCCUCUGCGGUGGGUCCUCUUCGGCGACUCUCGGUCAAUGCGUGUCUUGGCACUGAAGGGUGGUGAUUCGACGCAAGUCGAGGAAGACAUGUUCGACAUGACUUCCACAUCACUGUCAACCUCCCUGCCAACACCCCAGCCAUCAUCAAGUUUCCUCUUACUCGACGCAACCUCCUCACACAACCUCCCCUCCAGCUCAUUCGAAAGAUCCUGCUCAACAAGACUCGCCUCCCUAGCCAACUUAAGCCUCUCUACCUCCCUCGCGAGUUUCCUAUACUCGCGGCUCCAUUCCCCCGUCACCUCCAAAAUCUCAAGCUCAUGCGCCUCCUUCAUCUCCCCAACAACCCUCCUGCUCUCCUCCAACUCUCUUAUAAGAUCCUUCACAAACUCCUCUAAAAGCCUCUCCUUCCGGACAUCCAACACCAUCUGCUUCGCAGCCCGCGUAACAGCCGCCACCCUCGACCGCUUCAUCUUCUCCCCCUCCGCGAUGAGCUCGUCGAUCUGUCGCUGCAUCUUCCAUAUCUGGUUGGCGAGCAACAGGCGAUCGCAGAACGCCUUGAAUGCGUUGGAGCAUUUCGCCGCUUUGGUGGAGCGGAGUGUGUCUCGGAGGCCUUUGAUCUCUCGUUGUUGUUUCCAGACGCGGUUCAUCAAUAAAAGCCGCUCGCAAAAGUUGGAGAACGCUGAGCUGGCGACGGCGUUCUGCUGACUUUGAGAAUGUUGGGCGGGCAUGAUCGCAGCAGGGCUGGUACGAGGAGUGUUAUAAUGUCGCGCAGAGAGGUUUCCCUUCGUCCACGCUACGAGGGGGAGGUUACGCGGAGAGGGGAGUUUGGAGUGCAUCUUUUUUUCUAGCUGCCGAUCGAGCUCUUUGAAAUCUGCGAGGACUUGGUUGGCUCUGGCUGCGAGGUCGUGGAAGGGAUGGGGAGGGGCCGAUGGGGCGACAGUGGUGGUUAUUGGGGGUAGAGGUUCUGGGCGGUAUGAUAUCCUGACAGCGACGUCAAUCACCAGCAAUAAUAUACAAGGCGGGAGGAGGUAGAAGAAAACGCUGGACGAGGGCGGUGUAGAAGAAGCGAUGAAAUGUGAGACCUGCUCUUGCAACGUAUCGCUGCUGGUGUAAAUGGCGGGAUGGGCAGAAUCCAUGGCUGCGUUAAAGUAGUGUGUUGGGCCGAUUAUAAAGUAUUGUUUUUCUGACAAUAACGGCAGGGGGCAACGGAAUGGGAACAAGAGAGGUGACGACAGACGUCGAUCUUUGUGAAGGCGGAGAACGUACGGCUUUUACUGGAUGCUCAAGGACACAGCCCUACGACGCAUGGAGGCCUCAAGUUUUUCGCUCCAGUGAUUAUCAUUUCAAUCCGGGACGUCUGUCUGCACACGCGAUUUACAUGAGGUACAAAGGGUCACGUGGUUUAAUUUUGGACAGCAGGAUCGGCGGCUCUCUGGAUUUGGCAUUUCCGCGCGUCGCGUCUUUGAUCAUGAAAGGGGGUGCGUCCGAGUCAUCCGUUUCACUUCCAUCCUCCAACCCAUGGCCAACAAUUUCGUCGUUACCCCCAUUCGUCUUACACCUUCUAAACUCCACGAAGUUAGGCUUACAGGAGAGGAGAGACCAAAUGUUCCCGCGAGUUUUUUUGGGCAUUUAGCCGAGUCAGUUGCCAGUGUCUGUCGCACCGUCGCCAUCGAUGAGGUAUGUUACAUACGUCCCUCCCCAUUCAUGAUCUCUUUCACUAAGCUCCACCGUCGUCAGACCGUAGCAGGCCGAAGAUUUUUAUCCGGUUUCAUCUUGACCCACCUUGCUGCGUACUUCAGUUCUAUUGAUGGGGCUGAGAUACAAAUCAUUCCCUUUGACGAAUCCGAUAUUAUUGACAUGGGUCCAAUUGUGGACUUUGUAGUCUCCAAAAGUGGAACGCCAAUCGGAAGUAUGUUCCAAUCACAAGAAAUCCUGAAUGACGUCUUAAAUUUGCCUCUUUAGGGCGUUUAGUUGAGAUACCUAUGAUUUUCACCACAAACAGAGACGACAUGGCCAGCCAUCAGUUUUGCGCGGUUUUCCAAACCGACCACCUAAUGCUAAGUAUGUACUCCUGGAAAGGUUUUGCCGUCGUCCUGGCGGGUGAGUAUGAUUCUUGCUUCCAUCACAUGCCUACCUCAAUACAUGAUUACAGCUUGAAUGCCCUCCGAGGGUGUGUUACCAAUGGCUUCGACUGGAAGUUCUUCAUUUUCCGAGUACAGAAUGGCAAGCAAAAUAAGGGGGAGCUUUUGGUCCUCGACACUAUAAUUUCUUACACCGACCUUCCGCUGCUGAUGCGUGUUCUUUAUGAUUGAGUGGGCUAACUUGAACUUAUUCCUUGCUUUUGAGGGCGCAGCUUCCCUGAAUAAUUCAGGUGAAAAAUUGCAGGGAUGAAGACCCGCAGUUUUGUGAGGUCGCGUGCUAAGCAGUUCGUGGAAGAGAGUACGAGGUAACUUGGAAAAGCAGAUGAUAAACUUGAGAAGAAGAAGAAGAAGAGUAAGUUUAGUCCGACAUGCACCAAAACCAUUGUGCUUCUAAAGCUCACAACUGGUUAAAGGGAGACUUGAGGGGAUUUCAGGGGCGUUUUCGGCCAUUUUUAUUCUUUCACUCAAACUGUAGAAAAUGCAAUGUAAUCAUGUACUUCGGAUAGUAGGAUUCAGAUAGAAUUAAUGUUCAUGGCGAGACUCGACGAAAAGUAUCGUUCUCAGUACAAUAUUCCUAGAUAUAUCGAUAGAAAAGAACAUCCCUUCAGCCAUUACAGCUUGGUAGUCUGGUCCAAGACAUCUCGCGUAUGUAAAGCACCUUAAAAAGUCGUGAUGCUGGGCACGUUCACCCAAUAACUUCAUAUUCCUGUCUUCAACGAUGCUAUGAGGCAGCCAAGCCCUCCGGUUCACGAAAGCGUCGAAAUGCUCCAACGCAUUCAAGGAGUUCUGCGAUCGCCUGUUGCUCUCCAACCAGAUAUGGAAGAUGCAGCGACAGAUCGACGAGCUCAUCGCGGAGGGGGAGAAGAUGAAGCAGUCGCGGGUAGCUGCUGUUACGUGGGCAGCGAAGCAGAUGGUGUUGGAUGUCCGGAAGGAGAGGCUUUUAGAGGAGUUUGUGAAGGAUCUUAUAAGAGAGUUGGAGGAGAGCAAGAGGGUUGUUGGGGAGAUGAAGGAGGCGCAUGAGCUUGAGAUUUUGGAGGUGACGGGGGAAUGGAGCCGCGAGUAUAGGAAACUCGCGAGGGAGGUGGAGAGGCUUAAGUUGGCUAGGGAGGCGAGUCUUGUUGAGCAGGAUCUUUCGAAUGAGCUCGAGGGGAGGUUGUGUGAGGAGGUUGCGUCGAGUAAGAGGAAACUUGAUGAUGGCUGGGGUGUUGGCAGGGAGGUUGACAGUGAUGUGGAAGUCAUGUCGAACAUGUCUUCCUCGACUUGCGUCGAAUCACCACCCUUCAGUGCCAAGACACGCAUUGACCGAGAGUCGCCGAAGAGGACCCACCGCAGAGGGAGUUCGUUGGCCUUGAAGGUCCCUCCUCAUGCAGUAUCCUCCAAGCCUCUCUCCCCCUUGUCGCCUAUCCGAAAACUCGAUACGGGCCCAUACGUUGGGUUCUCUUUCAACCCCCUGUUCUUCGGCCACACCGAGUCGACAGCCAACGAAAAGAUGACGGUCCAUGAUAACACACCCGUGGUAGAGAGCAGACGCAGGACGUUAUCUUUGAAAUUACCACAACAUCAUCUGGAUGAAUCUGGUGAGGGUGCGAGUGUCAGCCGUGCUGGGCACAGGUCGGAACUGGAAGGCAUACGGUCACUGAAACGCGUCAAGGCAAGUCCUUGGAAGGUGUAACCGUGGCCAGCGACAUCUUGAACUAUUUAUUAGUGGUAUUUAUCAUAUGUAGAGCAGUGUAUUUUGUCGUUGCGCUGAAGCUGCACGACUGUAUUUC